AAAAUAUAUUAAAGAGUUUUUUUUAUAUAUAUUAAAUAUAAUCAUGGCACCAAUGAUUGAACACGGACGUUUUAGUUCAAAUGUGGUGCUUGAUAGUGAUCCUUAUCAUUCAAGCUGGCGACGCAAACAGAAUCUCCAAAAAAAUUGUAUUAACAAAGAUCAUCGUACUUCACCAGGUACAUUGGAUUUGAGCUAUAUACAUCAAUUGGACAACCAAAAAUACAACAACAACAACAACAAUAAUAAUAUUAAUAACAACAAUAAUAACAAUAUAAUUAAUAAUAAUAAUAAUAUUAAUAAAGAAGAACAAAAUAGUGGAAUUUAUCAAACAAAUUGUAGUAAAAGUGGAGGUAUACCAUCAGGCGGUGUGAUGAAAGAAAAAAGUAAAAAUGCAGCACGUUCACGUCGUGAAAAAGAAAAUACGGAAUUUCAAGAAUUAGCAAAAUUAUUACCACUACCAGUCAACAUAACAUCACAAUUGGAUAAAGCAAGUGUUAUUAGAUUAACAACAAGUUAUUUAAAAAUGCGAGAAGUUUUUCCAAAUGGUCUAGGAAGUGAAUGGGGUGCUUCACCAACUCAUGAUUCACGAGAUGCUGUUAUCAAAGAAUUAGGAUCUCAUCUUUUGCAGACCCUGGAUGGAUUUAUAUUUGUCGUAUCACCAGAUGGAAAAAUAAUGUAUGUUUCUGAAACAGCAAGUGUUUUAUUAGGAUUAGCACAAGUUGAAUUAACUGGUAACAGUAUAUUUGAUUAUGUACAUCCAAUUGAUCACACUGAAAUUCUUGAUUUAUUGAGUUUACCAUCACAAAGUUCAGGUAGAACUUUUCCACCCCCAAAUGCCCUGGGAAAUAUUGAUUUAGAAAGAGCAUUUUUUCUUCGAAUGAAAUGUGUACUUGCCAAAAGAAAUGCUGGCCUCGUAACAUCUGGUUGGAAGGUAAUACAUUUUUCUGGAUAUUUAAAAGUACAUUCACGAGGUCCAUUGUAUGAGGAUCAUCAGACUAUUGGCUUGGUUGCUAUUGGACAUUCACUUCCACCAAGUGCAAUUACUGAAAUUAAACUUCAUCAUAAUAUGUUUAUGUUUCGAGCAUCGUUGGAUCUUAAAUUAAUAUUUCUCGAUGUCAGUGUGAAAGAUCUUACUGGUUACGAGCCACAAGAUUUAAUUGAAAGGACUCUUUAUCAUUACGUUCAUGGAGCUGAUAUUUGGCAUCUUCGUGAAUCCCAUCAAAUAUUAUUAAUGAAGAGUCAAGUGACAACAAAAUAUUAUCGUUUUUUAACAAAAUCUGGUGGCUGGGUAUGGAUGCAAUCUUAUGUAACAAUAGUCAACAACUCACGUAGUUCAAGACCUCAAUGUAUUGUCUCAGUAAAUUAUGUUUUGUCUGAAAAAGAGGCUACCCACUUGGUUCUUAAUUCUGAGCAAAAAGCUGUUUCAACAAUGACACCUGGUAAUCCGCCUUCAGCACCACUUUCAACUAAUACUUCUACUCGUGAUAUUGAAGAACAACAACAGCAACAACAACAACAACAACAUUGUAGUCCAACAAAUUCACCAUAUUUACCACGUCCAAAUGAACAAUGUCAAUCACAAGUUGUUGAUUUUUCUGAAUCAGCUUAUACAAAUUCAGUUGAUUAUAUGACAAAUUCAGCUAAUGUUACAACAACAAAUCCACAUAUUAAUCAGUAUUCAGCAGGAGUUAAUUCUUACUCAUCACAUUCAAUGCCAAAUCAAAAUUCUGCUACUGGAACAAAUGCUCAUGAAGAUACAUCAAGUUAUUAUCCACUUGAUUUAUUCUAUCAAUAUACAGGAAUGCCACAAGAACAACAACAACAGCAACAACAACAAUUGCAUUCAAUGCAUCAUCAACAAGAAACUAGUCCACAACAUCAUCAUCAACAUCAUUUAAAAAAACAGCCAUAUUCAUCACCAUCAAGUUCAUGUGGAAGUUAUGAUAUGCCUGAUUCAUGUAAUUCAAUGUUAUCAAGUCCAUUGACAAAUCAUUCAGUAACACCAUCAGCAGUAACAUCACCAUAUUCAUCAUCAUCAUUACAUUCUCAUAAUAAUAUUCAAAAUUCUAUUCAUCAUUGUCAUCCACAACAAUUACUUGAUAAUACAUCAUCAUCAGCAAAUUAUGAUUAUCAAAAUUGUAAUUUUAAUGACAAUACAAAUGGUGUUAAUUCAUAUAGUGAACAAAAUUCUGAUGUUCAUCAUCAUCAUCAUCAUAAUAAUAAUCAUCAUCAUCCUCAUCAACAACAUCCUCAACAGCAGCAGCAUCAUCAUCAUCAUCAUCAACAUCAUCAUCAGCAACAACAGCAACAUCAUCCUCAUGCACAACAUAAUGGUAGUAAUAAUAGUCAUCAUAAUCAUCAUCAUAGUAAUCAUCAUCAUCAUAAUCAACAUCAUGUUGAGCAUAUUCAACAUGUUGAAAGUCCAAUUUAUACAAGUGUUAUUGUUGAAUCUCAGCAAUAUAGUCCAAGUAGUGUUGUUGCUAAUGUACAUCAUCACAGUGGUGGUGGUGUUAUUAAAACUGACUUAUGUAAUCGUGUUAAUGAUACAUCAACAUUAUCAAAUUCAUCAACUUCAUCAAAUAUAUCAACAACAAUACCAAGAACAUUAAAUCAAACUCACAUUACAAUACCAGUAACAUGUAGUUCAAUUUCAUCAACAUCAAUAAUAUCAAGUGCCACAUCUUCACCAGCUGUAUCACCAGAGCUACCAACAACACCACUUACAACAACAAUUAUAACAAAUAAUGGACAAAAAUGUAAUACAACAAGUAGUGUUAAUCAUAUUGCUAAACAACAAACAGCUGGUUUUUAAUUUAUAUAUUUAUAUUUAAAAAAAAAUUGAAUAAGAAAAUAAUGUAGAUUAUUGAUAUUGAAAAAAAAAAAAAUAAACUUAAGUCUCAUGCUGGACAUGAUAUAAUAAUAGAUUUUUUUUUUUUUUAAUUUGAAUAUCUUUUUCGGCAUGAUCAGAGCAUUAUUUAAUUCCUAUCAAGACUGACAGAUAUUUAUGAUUUAUUAAUAUGCCAAUUGACCAAAGAUAAAUAAUGAAAAAAGAAAUUACAAAUUAUUGCUUGCUGAAAAAAGAAAUAUCGUACUUAAUAUAGAGAUAUUUGAUGAAAAAUAAAUGAGAUAAUAUGUUAAUAAUAUAAGUUUAAUAUAAAUUUAUUGAUUAUAGUAUUUAUAGUAUUCUGUAUUUGCUGUUUGCCUUAUAAAUUUUUAUGUUAAAAAUUAAAGACAUGAAAAUUAUAUUCAAUUAUAUGAAGAAUAUUAUUUUUUUCGAUGCAAAAAAUAUUGAUUAUUAUCAUGUAGAUAUAAAUUACGUAUUAUUAAAUAAAUUAUAAUUUUCUUAGUUAUUAAUAAAUCAACAAGAUUCAUGUAAAUAUAUUGUAAACAUUAUAUUAAUAAAUUUAUUGACAA